GAUGCUCGACCGGUUCAUCGACUUGUGCUACGAGGCCGACCUCGACACGUCCGAGCACCCGGAACUGCUGGAGCUGGCGCGCGAGUUGGUCAACGAGGACCCUGAUACCAGGGCCGCGGCCAUCCAGGAGCUCCGGAACAUGAUAUACGAGCGCGGCGAGUGCUCGCCGCGGCGCAUGGACGACGUGUUUCUACUCAAGUUCCUGCGCGCGCGCCGCUUCGUUGUGCGCCGCGCGCACAGACACUUGGUCCGGUACUGCAACUUCCUGGAGCAGUACCCAUAUUUGUACCGAAACGUGGACUUCUGGUCGCUGACGAAGGUGAAGGGCGCCUACGAGUCCGCCAUGCUGUACCCGCCCGGUAUUGGCCGCCUGCUCAUCGCCCGGUUCGGCACAUGGGACCCCGACGACUUCCCCGUGGAGGACCUGGUGCGCGCCGCGCUGGCCUUCAUGGAGAUCGGUCUGCGCACGCCGCGCGCGCAGGUGCUCGGCGGCACCGCCAUCUUCGACCUCGAGGGCAUCACCAUGAAGCACAUCGCCACGCUCACGCCCACCGUCGCCUACCAGAUCGUCUGUCUGACCGGGUACGCGCUCCCCGGCAUCAUGCACGGCUGCCACAUCAUCAACUACAACUGGCUGCUGAACACGUUCUUCUUCCUCUUCAAGCGCUUCAUCAGCAGGAAGGCCUGGGCCAAGAUCCACUUCCACGGCAGCGACCUGGAGUCGCUGCAGCGGCACGUCCCGCGCGAGUGCCUGCCGCCGCGCUACGGCGGCACCUGCCGGCUGCACACAGACUUCGAGACGGGCUUCAACAAGAUCAAGAAGUACAGAGACAAGGCGUUUGAUCGCGAGAUGAAGGAGUUUGGGUGGUCGAUGAAGGAGUGAUGUGUAGGGGGCCUUAUUAGUCUUGCCUUGGCGGUUCAUUCUUUUUGACGGUCCACUUGUGCUGUACGGUUCGUGAGGAUUUCUCGGUUUUGCGUUUAAG